UCUCUUUGGUCUGGCACUAGUCACAUUCCCGCUUCUGCUAUCGCGACACCCCAAGGUCGCAUGCCGCACAAUCGUUAUCGCCCAUGUACAUAGCUCUUUCUGAGGUCCUCUCUCCACCAUGACGAUAAGUCCUGAGCUCGAAGCCUUUGCACGAGCGAUAUCACGCGUACUGGGCUGGGCGUACUUCCUGUCGUGGUCCCUAUCUUUCUACCCCCAACCCAUAUCAAACUAUAUUCGCAAAUCCACGCUCGGUCUCGCAAUAGACUUCCCCACCCUCAACGUCCUCGGCUUCACCUGCUACACCAUCUCUACAGCCUGCUUCCUAUAUUCGCCUACUAUCAAAUCGCAAUAUGCGUACCGUCAUCCGGAAGCGCCUCAGACGACAGUACGAUUCAAUGACUUCCUGUUCGCAGCACAUGGCGCGGUCAUGUGCGUGAUCAUUUACAGUCAGUUCUUCGAGAAGAUAUGGGGCUUCGAGAUUGGCAAGAGGCAGAAGGUCAGUCGGGUCAUACUAGGAGUUUGGUGGGGAUGUGUGCUUGCUAUCGUGGUCGUGGUGAUGCUUGUAAAAACCAGAGGAACAGAAGGAAAUGAUGCACAGGGGUGGGCAUGGAUCGACGUUAUAUACACGCUCGGCUACGUCAAACUCCUCACCGUAUUUCUCAAAUACAUACCGCAAGCCUGGGUCAAUUACAAGCGCAAAUCUACGCUGGGAUGGAGUAUAUAUCCUAUGCUCUUGGACUUCGCGGGAGGUUGGCUUUCGCUUGCGCAGUUGUGCAUCGAUUCCGCGUUGGAAAACGAUUGGAGUGGUGUCACAGGCAACCCAGUCAAGUUCGGGCUGGGAAACAUUACUAUUGUGUUUGAUAUCAUCUUUAUGCUGCAGCAUUAUGUGCUGUACAAACGUCCUGCAAAGCAUUUGGAGGAUGAGGACGAAGAGGAGAGGCAAGGACUUGUGGCGGGUCAGAGGGACUAGAAAUUACAUUGUGACAUUCCGUCAAUAACUUGAACCAUUAAGGCUUGAAGCUGUCUGAUGGUGAAGUGCUGCUUCAUGCCAGACCUAUUCAAUCCAAAGAAGCGACAUUGACGCUCCUCUCAGACUCUUGGGACGUUCUUGGUAUAACCGGAAAAAAGUCCGUGGACGGAUAAUCCAGCCCUCUCCUCGACAGAAUCCGCGUACGUACCGUCAAUUCCUACCGAAGAGCGCUAUGGAAUAUAGGGACGCGUGGAGCAGGAAAUGUGAA